AGAGUUCAAGUGGAAUUAACUUUAUUUCCCCCUCCCCUUUCCCCUGACCCCCUCCCCCCAAUUUCUAUCUACCCACUCCUUCCAAGUUUGCAGUUGUGUGCUGGGACACUUUGCAACUCCUUCCAGCGCUGUUUUCUUGUAAAGGUGGCAACCUGGUGUAGCUGAAGGUGGCUUUCAGAGAGUGAGUUAGCCCUUCGGGGGUCGGGGGAGGGGUGGGGGCGGGGAGGGGGUUGCCAGAGAGCGAGAGGAUGAGUUCCCCCAAAGCUGAAAGCUCUGGGAAGAGCCUGCAGUACCGAGUGGACCAUCUGCUGAGUGCUGUGGAGAAUGAGCUGCAGGCUGGUAGCGAGAAGGGAGAUCCCACGGAGAGCGCGCUGCGCGUCACAUUGGAGGAGAAUGAACUUUGGCUCCGCUUCAAGGAGCUCACCAACGAGAUGAUCGUUACGAAGAAUGGCAGGAGAAUGUUCCCAGUGCUGAAGGUGAAUGUAUCUGGCCUAGACCCCAAUGCUAUGUACUCUUUUCUGCUGGACUUCGUGGCUGCAGACAACCACCGCUGGAAGUAUGUAAAUGGAGAAUGGGUGCCAGGGGGCAAGCCAGAACCACAGGCCCCCAGUUGUGUCUACAUUCACCCAGAUUCACCAAACUUUGGAGCUCAUUGGAUGAAGGCGCCUGUCUCCUUCAGCAAAGUCAAACUCACUAACAAACUCAAUGGAGGGGGGCAGAUCAUGCUGAACUCCUUACACAAGUAUGAGCCCCGAAUCCACAUAGUGAGGGUCGGUGGGCCCCAGCGCAUGAUAACCAGCCACUCCUUUCCUGAGACCCAGUUUAUAGCAGUUACUGCAUACCAGAAUGAGGAGAUCACAGCUCUUAAAAUUAAAUACAAUCCAUUUGCAAAGGCUUUCCUUGAUGCAAAGGAAAGAAGUGACCACAAAGAUAUUUUAGAAGAAUCAGGAGACAACCAACAGGCUGGAUAUUCACAACUAGGAGGGUGGCUUCUUCCUGGAACUGGUACCCUUUGUCCACCUGCUAAUCCCCAUCCUCAGUUUGGAGCUCCUUUAGCCCUCUCUUCUACACAUGGCUGUGAACGGUACCCCACACUGAGGAACCACAGAUCAUCUCCCUAUCCCAAUCCAUAUACUCAUCGCAACAACUCUCCAACUUAUUCUGACAAUUCUUCUGCCUGUCUGUCCAUGCUUCAAUCCCAUGACAACUGGUCCAGUCUUGGAAUGCCCACCCACACCAAUAUGCUGCCCAUGAGUCAUAGCACCGGCACAUCUCCAGGUUCUAGUCAGUAUCCCAACUUGUGGUCCGUGAGUAACAGCACUAUCACACCAGUGGCUCAGUCAGCCGGGAUGUCCAAUGGGUUGGGAGCUCAGUUUUUGCGAGGGUCCACAGCACACUACCCACCCUUGCCCCAUGCGGUUUCAGUCUCCUCUUCUGGAUCUCCACUGUAUGAAGGCAGCGUGUCAGCCACAGAUAUUCCUGACAGCCAGUAUGAUGCCUCAGCACAUGCCCGUCUUGCAGCCUCAUGGACUCCCGUAUCACCACCUUCCAUGUAAAUCAAGACACUUUUCAAAAAAUUGUUGCACAGACUUUUGUUUGUUUGUUUGUUUGUUUGUUUGAUAUUCUUGAUUCCCUUGGGUUGAUUUGGUCUACUCCUAAAGGUCUCUCUUAAUGGUGCAAGGAAUAAAAAGUGUGGAAAAAGAGUUAUGGACUCCAUUUAAAAGGAGUAAAAGCUAGAGUUUUGCUGUUUUAGCAAGAGUUUUUGGGAAAGAGGAACAGCAAUUCAAUCUUGGGUUUGGGUAUGGACUUUGUUACUUGUCACAGGGGAAUUGGAUUCAGGACAUAAAAAAUUAGCCAGUCUGCUUUCAUCUAGGUUUGUUUGGCUGGGACCCAGAAAUUUCAUGAACACAAGAUACAAGUCCAUAUCUGGACACCAAACAUAGUGGUCCCCUUAUCCAUUCACCAUUGGUCUUCUGUAAGCAAGGUGUGUAAGUACACCUGCUCCUGUUUAAACGAACUGAUCUUUUCAGUUUAAUUUUUAAAAAUUCACUCUUACUUUGGCUCAAAAUUUCCAGGUUACUUUGUACAGCAGUGAUCAUACUUGUAGCUGAGCUAUUUAAAGACAGAGUAAAUUGAUAGUUGGAAACAAUAUUAGGAUUGCACAAGAUUUAGUUGACUGCAAAAUUUGGGAAUUCUCAGUCCACUAGAGCGUUAUUAUUUUGAUCAUUUGCAGUUAUUUGUAUAAUUAGAAUUCAUCACAACUGUAUGCUUAUAUUCCCCUUUCUACUAAAAAAAAUCAAAGACAAUCAGCAGGAAAUAUUUUCUGCUAAAUAAAGGUAAUAUGCACAUUCUGGCUGCUCUAGUUGUUAUUAUGCAAAUCAAGUUACCCACCCACCUUUUAAGGUGAAUUUUGCUGUUUGGUUACAGAUGGUCAUAAGAUACUUUCAUACUCCCCCACUCAAGCAGCUAUGAAAGAAUCAUUAAAUGAUAAAGGAAGUAAGGUAAUAUUUAAAUAUAUUUCGUGUCUGAACUCCUAUUUAUAGUUCAUGUUGUGACUAUUUUGCACAUUAUAUAGCAUGAGCCAAUGUGGAUGUUAGGACAAUCAUGCACAGGAAAUCAAAGUUAUUGAAGAAUGGAUGUGAAGAGGAAGUGUGAAGUUUACUAGCUUUAAUUGUAAUGUUUACAAGAAGCCAGCCUCCUUGGUUUUGUAUACAUACUUCCUUUCUGACAUGGAUCUCUGCAUUGCAAGUGAUUUGAUUUUAAAGUUCUAAUAUAAGGAGAGAAUGCGAUGGAGAGGCAGAAGGAAAAAGUUUAAAAGGAUCAUCUGUUUUUACCCUGAAAAAAUGAACAAUGCAGAAUAAAACAGAUCAAGACACAUUUUCAAGGAGUCCAUAGAUAAUGGGACCAAAACACAUUGGCCAGAAAAAAAUAAUAUGCUUUGUCAACUGCUUGUAAAUUUGGAGAUCUGGUGGCUCCUAUUUUGUGAAAAUGUACAGAGAAUGUAAAUCCAUUUAUAGCUGUCUCUUUUAAUAGAAACUGUAUUUAAUCGUGUAUAACAUGUAUUUUAAAAUGUUAAGCAUUUUCAAGUUUAGUAAAAGAAUUUUAAAAUGUUAA